CUGUCACUGCUGCCACUGAUGGCUUCUGAAAAAGAUGCUGAAAAAGAUGCUGAAAAAGAUGCCGUUCCUGCCUUACCCAAACUCAACAACAACCAAACAGCGGAGAACACAACCAAGCCUGUUAAAGACCAGCCUCGACUGCUCAGGGGUGAUGAUAUCCACUUGCCUCGGUUCUCACUAAAGCAAGGGAUGAUCCCAACACGUUACGUUAUGCCUUGGAAAGAAAACAUGAAAUUCAGGAGUGUCAAUCUAAAGCAAGCAGAAGCCUGUGGGAUCUAUGCCGGCCCCUUGGAAGAUUCUCUGUUCUGGGGUUACAGCGAGCGGCUUUGCCAUGGGGAAGAUCGGAAAGCUGUCCUGAAGAAAGGCCCGCCCGAGAUUAAGAUUGCCGACAUGCCUCUGCAUUCACCUCUCUCCAGAUACCAGAGCACAGUGAUCUCCCACGGCUUCAGGAGGCGACUGAUCUGACGGGAUCAGGAUCGCGGAUCUCGGAAGUUGCUGUCGUUCGGUAGUGGUGCGCUUGUCUAACGCACUCAGGGUUUGAACCCCCACUACUACUAAAACCAAUAAGAUAAAGUAGUUUAGUCUCUUGCCUUC